AUGAUCACUAGAUCCACAGCCGAGUAUGACGUUGUUGCACAUGCAAUUCACAUGUGGCCCGGAGAUCCCGUGACUCCGUCCGGAUCAUUGAUGAUGCGGCCAAAUGGACCUCGGUACUUUCACGGAUAUGCGACUGCGGCCAGCAACGGCCAUUCAAAGGGGAAGUAUCACCGAUCUCACACGACUUUUAUAAGAGCGUCGUUUCCCCGGCCUGCAUUAGCUUCUGAAACUUCAUCUGACUCCUUUCUUUCAACCCCAUACUCUCCCUACCUUCCCCAUCCCACAUUGACGUCAUGUCUUCCGCAACGCCUGAACCAGGUUUCCUCCCACUUCGGCAAGAAGGGAGCCGCCGCCCUCACCGAAAAGCACCCCGAUGAUAUUGUCGUGACAUGUGCUCUGCGAACGGCCCUCACUAAGGGUGGCAAGGGUGGCUUCAAGGAUACCGCUGCCGCUGAUCUACUCGCUGGUGUCUUCAAGGCUGUCCUUGACAAGAGUGGCCUCGACCCCAAGGCCGUUGAGGAUAUCGCUGUUGGUUCCGUUCUGCCCCCCGGUGGUGGUGCCACUGAGUUCCGUGCCGCUGCUCUCGUGGCUGGCUUCCCCGAGACCACUGCUGUCAAGAGUUUGAACCGUCAGUGCUCUAGUGGUCUCCAGGCCAUCGCCGAUAUUGCCAACGGUAUCCGGUCUGGCAUGAUCGAUGUUGGUAUCGGUGCUGGCGUUGAGAGCAUGUCCUCUCAAUAUGGACCCGGUGCCGUGACUGAAUUCUCCGACCUUCUCGAGAACCACCCCGAGUCCGCCAACUGCAAGGUCCCCAUGGGUGUCCUCUCCGAGAACAUGGCCAAGGACCGUGGUGUGACCCGUGCCGCCCAGGACGCCUUCGCCGCCUCCUCAUACCAAAAGGCCCUCAAGGCCCAGAAGGCUGGUCUCUUCAACGAGGAGAUCGCCCCUCUGGAUGUGAAAUGGACCGACCCCAAGACCGGCGAGGAGAAGACCAUCACCGUGAAGGCCGACGACGGCAUCCGUGAGGGCAUCACCGCCGAGUCUCUGGGCAAGAUCAAGCCCGCCUUUGCCAAGGACGGCUCCAUCCACGCCGGUAACGCUUCCCAGAUUUCCGACGGCGCCGCCGCCGUCCUCCUCAUGAAGCGCUCCACCGCCGAGCGUCUGGGCCAGAAGAUCAUCGGCAAGUAUGUUGCCGCCAGCGUCGUCGGCGUCAAGCCCCUCCUCAUGGGUGUCGGCCCCUGGAAGGCUAUCCCCGUUGCUCUGGAGAAGGCCGGCAUCACUAAGGAUGAUGUCGACAUCUACGAGAUCAAUGAGGCCUUCGCUUCUCAGUGCGUCUGGUGUGUCAACGAGCUUGGUAUUCCCCAGGAGAAGAUCAACCCCAAGGGUGGUGCUAUUGCGUUCGGUCACCCUCUUGGAUGCACUGGUUCCCGCCAGGUCAGCACUCUGCUUACUGAACUGAAGCGGACAAACAAGAAGAUCGGUGUCACCAGCAUGUGUGUCGGUACCGGUAUGGGUAUGGCCGCUGUCUGGGUUGCAGAGUAAAUGAAGCAUCUGCUUUCGAUUGUACAAUGAACUAGCGAUUUUGGCAUUUAACGUUUUCCUUUCCCUUAUACACACAGAUUUCUUGUUAUGUAUUGAAUACCACACGAAAUUGGACCUUCACCUGCUCAACUACAUAUUUCAUUGC